CCCAACCCGCUAGCCUGUGCGGAGGUACCUGGCGGUCUUGUGGACGUCUCUGGCCUUAUUCUAGGGCGGGGGGCGGGGGCACCAAGGGUUUUCUUAAUCCGGGCCGAACCUUCACUCGAGCUCCAGUGGUUUUUUUCAGCGGGAGUGCCUCUUGCCCGUUAGUGCUCUCUCCGGGCACUUCUCUUUCCCAAGAGGCUCAUGGCCACCACGCAAAACUCUGUGGUUUGAUGGCGACGCAUGCUGCUGACCCAUCCUGUGUCUUUUAGGUCUGCCAUCCUCACCCUGUGUUAAGGUUCAGAGUCCUUGCCUGGACAGCUCAGCCCCAGACGGAGGACCCAACUGGAGGGACGCUGCUUGGGAAACCCUGGUGACCAGGUUCCAGAGGAACGGGAUGAGAUGGAAGGUCUGUCCUCUGCAGUUUCUGCCCUUCUCCAAGGGGGACAUACUCUGCUCCCAUCAGCCCGUGUUCAGGAAUCAGUGACCUUCAAGGAUGUAAUAGUGGACUUUACCCAGGAAGAAUGGAAACAGCUGGAUCCUGUACAGAGAGAUUUAUUCAGGGAUGUGACAUUGGAAAAUUAUACACACCUGGUCUCUAUAGGACUCCAAGUUUCCAAACCUGAUGUAAUUUCCCAGUUAGAGCAAGGGACAGAGCCAUGGAUCAUGGAGCCAGGCAUUCUAGUGGGUGGAUCUGGAGAUUGGGAAGCAAAACUAGAAAAUAGCAUAUCAGUCCCAGAGCCAGACACUCCUGAAGAAGAGCCCUCUCCAGAGGCAGUAGUGGAAAAACACAAAAGUGAUGAUGUCUCAGAGUCCUGGGUGUCUCAAGGCAGUCCACAGAGGCAGCAGGCAGAUGAACUCACAUUGCCAAGGGAAAUAAAAAUAACUGAGAAAACAAUACCCACUUUGGAGAAAGACCAUGUAAAUUAUGACUUUGAAAAAAGUAUCAAUAUUAGUUCAAACCCAGUAACACAAGACAUAUCUCCAGAAGAGACGGCUACUAAAACAAGCAUCAAACGGAAUUUAAAACCAGUUAAAAAAGAGAAAUCUUGUAAGUGCAAUGAAUGUGGGAAAGCUUUUAGUUAUUGUUCAGCACUUAUUCGCCAUCAGAGAACACAUACUGGAGAAAAACCCUACAAAUGCAAUGAAUGCGAGAAAGCCUUCAGCAGGAGUGAAAACCUUAUAAACCAUCAAAGAAUUCAUACUGGAGAUAAACCAUAUAAAUGUGAUCAGUGUGGAAAAGGCUUCAUUGAGGGUCCAUCUCUUGCUCAACAUCAAAGAAUUCACACUGGAGAAAAACCCUAUAAAUGUGAUGAAUGUGGGAAAGCUUUUAGUCAGAGGACCCAUCUUGUUCAGCAUCAGAGAAUUCAUACUGGUGAGAAACCAUAUACUUGCAAUGAAUGUGGAAAAGCCUUUAGCCAGAGAGGCCACUUUAUGGAACAUCAGAAAAUUCAUACAGGGGAAAAACCUUUUAAAUGUGAUGAAUGUGAUAAAACCUUCACCAGGAGCACUCACCUUACUCAACAUCAAAAAAUUCAUACUGGUGAGAAAACCUACAAAUGCAAUGAAUGUGGGAAGGCCUUCAAUGGGCCCUCAACAUUUAUUCGUCAUCAUAUGAUUCACACUGGUGAAAAACCGUACGAGUGCAAUGAAUGUGGAAAAGCCUUCAGUCAGCACUCCAACCUCACUCAACACCAGAAAACUCACACUGGGGAGAAGCCUUACGAUUGUGCUGAAUGUGGAAAAUCCUUUAGUUACUGGUCAUCCCUGGCUCAACAUCUGAAAAUUCAUACUGGAGAAAAACCUUACAAAUGCAAUGAAUGUGGAAAGGCCUUCAGUUACUGCUCAUCCCUUACUCAGCAUCGCAGAAUUCACACCCGAGAAAAGCCCUUUGAAUGCAGUGAAUGUGGGAAGGCUUUCAGUUACCUUUCAAACCUUAAUCAGCAUCAGAAGACGCAUACCCAAGAGAAAGCUUACGAGUGUAAGGAAUGUGGGAAAGCCUUUAUUCGGAGUUCAUCUCUUGCUAAACAUGAAAGAAUUCAUACUGGCGAGAAACCCUAUCAGUGUCAUGAAUGUGGGAAAACCUUCAGUUAUGGCUCAUCCCUUAUUCAGCACAGGAAAAUACAUACUGGAGAAAGACCUUACAAGUGUAAUGAGUGUGGGAGAGCCUUCAACCAGAACAUACACCUUACACAACAUAAGAGAAUUCACACAGGAGCAAAGCCUUAUGAGUGUGGUGAGUGUGGCAAAGCGUUUCGACACUGUUCAUCUCUUGCUCAACAUCAAAAAACUCACACAGAAGAAAAGCCAUACCAGUGUAAUAAAUGUGAAAAGGCUUUUAGCCAGAGUUCCCAUCUGACUCAGCAUCAAAGAAUUCACACUGGAGAGAAGCCGUAUAAGUGUAAUGAAUGUGACAAAGCCUUCAGCCGGAGCACUCAUCUGACUGAGCAUCAGAACACUCACACUGGGGAGAAGCUGUACAACUGUGAUGAAUGCAGGAAGACGUUCAGCCAGAGCACUUACCUUGUUCAGCAUCAGAGAGUUCAUUCAGGAGAGAAGCCUUUUGGAUGUAAUGACUGUGGAAAAGCCUUCAGGUAUCGUUCUGCUCUCAACAAGCAUCAGAGGCUGCACCCUGGCAUAUGACUGUUUCAGGAGCACCAUAAAUGUAGGGGAUACAUUUACUCUACUUUGUCCUUUUGCUAAAUACUGAAGAACCAGAAUAACUUGAGAAACUGCUUAAAUCAUUUUAACUUUUUACUGUCACACUACGGAAUGGGAAGUGCAUUGGGCUGAAGUAAUCAACUAUGUUAAGCAACUUUGUAAUAUUGGAAAAUUCAACUACCCAAAGCUUCACUUUCUCUGUGAAAUGAGGGAUUUGGAGUAGAUGAUUUUAAACGUUGUUUGGAGGUCUAUUCAUAAUAUAUUCUUGCAUAGGAUUACUACCUAUCAGAUUUUGCUGUGUUGCAUCUAAAAUAUAUUUAUGCAUGUUUUGCUAAUAGGAAGCAUUUACGCUUCAGUAACUAGACUGGAGAUCUAUUAAGCUCCUGUUCUAAUGCAUUUAAGCUGUUUAAGUAACCGGUUCCUAAUAAAAAGAACUAUAAAAUACCCUUACAUUAAUAAUUCAGUAGCAUAUAAUGGCUUAACUCCUGCUCAAGUAUUUAAGCACAAGUAUUGAACUUUCCUAUUGUUUUCUUCUCUAGUAUAUUUUAACAUUCUAGUUUAUUACAACUAUAGAGAUUCUCUUCUACAGCUUAAACCAGUGUUACCUGACUCUAGCUGCAUGGUGGAUCACUUUGGGAACUGUAACAUUUUAUUGCUAAGCUCCACCUCCAGAGACUAAUUUAAUUGACCUAAGGGGUGGGACACAGGCAUCAAAAUAUUUUUUUAACUCCUACUUGUGUUUCAUCUAUAAAAUAAAGGGUAUCCACAGAAAUAAUUUUGUUAGGUAUGAUAGUAUCUAUGUUAGAAAGAGGCCAUGAUUUUUAGAAAUGCAUAAUGAACUAUCUAGGGAUGAAA